CUUCCUUACCCAUACCUGUCUACUGUCUUGUCAUUAUUAUAUUGCUGCUUAGCUUCCUUUCUAGUCUUACUCGCUAGCUGGCUGGCUGUCUGGUUCUGUCAUAUGUUUCUUGAUUCUUCAAUUCCAAUCCCAAUUCCCAAAAAACAUUCUCAAAUUUAUAUAUAUGUCUGGUUUUAGUGGCUCCGACAACGAUAUGGAUUUGCCUCCGGGUUUCCGAUUCCAUCCCACCGAUGAAGAGCUCAUCACUCACUACUUGACCCCAAAGGUUCUUGAUACCCGGUUUUCUGCAGCCGCCAUUGCUGAGGUCGAUUUGAACAGCGUUGAACCAUGGGAUUUGCCUUGGAAGGCGAAAAUGGGGGAAAAGGAAUGGUAUUUCUUCUGCGUGAGAGAUAGGAAGUAUCCAACGGGGAUGAGGACCAACAGAGCCACUGGUGCAGGGUACUGGAAAGCCACAGGGAAGGAUAAGGAGAUAUUCAAGGCCAAAACCCUUGUUGGGAUGAAGAAGACUCUGGUUUUCUACAAAGGGAGAGCACCCAGAGGUGAGAACACAAGCUGGGUAAUGCAUGAAUACUACAGAUUAGAGGGCAUGCACAAUCUUCCUAAAUCUGCCAAGAACGAAUGGGUGAUCUGCAGAGUGUUUAAGAAGAGCUCCGGGGGAAAGAAAGUUACUAUUUCGGGUCUGAUGAGAGGUGAAAAUGGCGGCGAAAACUCGAAGAUGCCUCCAUUAAUGGACAUAUCACAAACUUCACAUGUGCCCUGCCUCUCCAACUCGGUGGAGGAUCAAAAGCCCCGAAACGGCGAAUCCUCCGGAACCCUUUCCAAUCAUCAGAUCAUGCCGGGACUGGACGUGGAUUCCGGGAUGAUGAUGAUGCAAGAUCAUUCAAUUCUGAAGCUUUUGAUGGGGAACAACCAAAACAGUGAAUUUGGGGGGUUGAGGCCCUGUGAUGAUGACCAACAAUUCCUAAUCACUUCAGCAGCCGGGGCGGUGGACCUGGACUAUCUCUGGAAUUAUCAUUAUUGAGUUUCAGAUAACAACCAUUACGUACAGAAUAGUGUGAUUUGGGGUGACCAGGGAAACCGCUCCUACUAUCCCAGUGUGUACAUGGAUCAAUUCUGUCUUGGAAAGAAAAUCAGUUUAGAUUGUACAUAACUGACCGGCUUAAAUGGAGAGAAGUGAGAUUCGAACUCUCAUAAUCUUGUGGUUACAAAUUUAUAUUCUUAAUUAUCUGGCUUGGAUUAUCAUAAUAGUGUGAUUUAGUGACAUGGGAAGAUCAAGUGCUAGGGUAGUCUAGUACUAGUGUGAUCAUUCUUGGUUUUGAUUUGCAUACUUUUUUAUUGUAUAUUUUUUUUUUCUCAUGAUAGGAAACUAAGCUAAUUGGUUUUGUGAAUACCAAAAAUCUCAACUGUAAUCGAAGUUGUCUUUGUCAGUCAAAUUUGUGGGGUGAGUGUGCACGUAUUGUAAGAUAUCUAUCUUUUUCAACUUUCAGUUGAGUUUGAUUAGUUUUCAAA